CGUUGUGUUACUCCGCUAGCCAGUCACAGAAGCAAAGUCGUCGUCAUUCGACGUUUUUAAAAUGGCGUCGUGCUUGAUACCUCCGCAGCGUCUGCUGUUCUUGAAGGGUCUUUUCAUCAGCGGAAGCGAUGAGGUGUGCAAUACACAUGGACAAAGUGUAUGGAGUCUGAGCAUUUCACUCUUCAAAAGUCCUCGGUGCGAGGAAAAACGUGUGAGGGUGAGCUGGGAAAGUUGGUGGCUUGAUGCGCGCCAUCCUCGUGCGUGCCCCUGCGUUGGAGAUGUGACCGAGUGCAUGCUAGAUGGGGGAGCACACUCUAUGGAAGCCAUCCACGGGGGCCAUGGCACCAGGCAACUACAAACGAGAACGCUUCCAAGCCCAGUGCUAUUGCAUAGGAUGUACCCAGAAUCGUGCUGCAGGGAGACGGCCACAUUCGAGCACAUACUAUGGGAUUGCUCCAAACAUCCAAGCGAAGCUAACUCAGGACGUAUACCGCCGCAGCGACGACCAAGAAAAACAACUCCAGGCCAUCCAGCAGGUCAUCAAGGCGCGGGCUAUGCAGGAGCCUGGCAAGCCGGCAAUGGCGAGCGGGGUUCCUCGCAGAGCACCCGCCAAGAUGACGACAUAGGCCACAUCUGAAGCGUGCCUGCGUGCUUUACUGCAGGCUCAAUAAAUAUUUUCCCAAUCCAA